AUGGCUCAGUCAGCAUUUCAGGCCGGAAAUGGUGCAGCAACUACAAGUGCUCAGAACAAUGUAAAUGAGAAACCUAGUACCAUCAAGGGAUCUAUAUACAGUGAUUCACAAUCAGAGAGAAUCUUGAGGAAGGGCGACCUCGUUCGAAUAUUGGAUUCAACACCAACAAAACCGAAACUGAAGAAUCAUAUUGGAAAUUUGGGGCGAAUAGCACGCUCUAAUCCGGUGGAAGACCCCGACGCAUUACAUCCAUUCUUGUACGACAUUGAUUUCAUCCUUGGGGGAAAGGUCGCUGGAGUUGAAAGAGUUGAUUUGCAGUACACCACAGCCGAAGCUGAGGGCAUGAUUGGCAAUACGAAGCGUAAACGAAAACCGAAUACUUCAUUUGUCGGUAUUCCAAAGAAAAAGGAACCCAAAAAGCCAACGCCACCGAAAAAGAAAACCCAAACAACAAAAGCAGGUGGAAAGAAAAGAGGAGCCACUGGGAGCGCGGGUAAAGGGAAAGGAAAGAAGGGCAAGAUAUCAAAAGCUGAUGUGAAAGUAGAAUAUCCGGGGUCUUCGACGACCAAUCUCAAUAUGUACGAACGACAUCGCCGGGAAUUUGAAAGGUGCGUUGGGCGGAUAGAGAAGGCCGAUACCUUUCAAUGGUUCAUGGGGGAAGUUCCUCCUGAAUAUGACGAACCUGAUACGACCGAAUCCGACUCUGUGGAAAAAUCUGGAAAUGUCCCCAUAGGAGAAAACGAGAUUCCAGCUUCCAAUGUCAAUGUGGAGGUAAAGCAGGAAUUCCAGACUGGAAAUGGCGAAAGUCUGACGGCAACAACACCAGCUGAAGCAAUCUCGACGCCAGUUCCAGUCCCAUCAACACCAUCUGCAAUUACAGAAGCUAUGCAAAAGAAUAAAUUCAAGAUCCGAUCCCCGAGUAAUCCCCCAUACAAUUUUGAGAUCCUUCGAAAACGGAUUGCAAGAGGACGAUAUGUAUUGGAUGAAGAGGCAAUAGAAAAUAAGCAUCACCGUGCCAUGGUCAAACGGUAUUUGAACUCCCUUGGAAAUACAACUGGGGAUGAGCGAGCGAAAAUACUCAAGGCAAAAGCAAAGUUGGAUGUUCUUCAUCCCAAAGCGGUCGACUGGGAUCUCUUUCGAACCGAUAUCAUUGGAAUGUGUGACACUUCAGAAAAGCGGGACAUGGAAUGCGACGAUGGAUCUUCAGGGACGAUAUCUUAUGCUUGUAAGAAGAUCAAGGAAAUGAUGGAAAAGGUCUAUGAAAACACAGGAAAAAAACAGCUGAAUGAAAUCAGAGCUGCAAACACUCGGCAUAGAUUUGCAUCAGCCAUUCAAUCGUGCAGCAACAACGAAGCUGCAGUUCAAGGUAGAUGGCGCAAAGAAGCUUUUCCUUAUCGGAGUUACGAAAGAUUGAAGACUGAUGUUGUAUGCGCGGGUCUGUCGGAUUUAGAUGAGCGCAUUGCGAUCUAUGAACUGAAAACCAGUCUGAAAGAUAGUUUUGUAGGACUCUCAUACAUGUUUGAUGAUACAGAGAAAAGCGAAGCUUGGAUGAAAUCGAUUUUGAACGAGUCCGGUGAUCGGAAGCAACAACGAAUGAUUGCUAGUGCACUGAAAUCGGACAAUGGGGUAAUAAAGGCGCAGGUGGAAGCAACGAUACAGUCAUUAUUGAUUGCGGUACAAGACCGUGUGAUGACUGAUCUGAAGGUUUUGGAACAACCAGAGCUCCGAAACGCGAGUUGGAUGACAAAUGCGGAAGAAGUGCCCAACGAAAUUCUGUCACAUGGCAUUGGGAACUUUGGCAAGGCUCCUCAGAUUGUGGAGCAGCCAGUAUGGGGAAUAGACUGCUACACUCGACGCAAUGUCUCCAUUUGUCUCGAAACUGCGAUUGAUGCAGAUACUGCUCUCGUUUUUGUUGAAAAAUGGCUGCUGCCUGCGAUCAAUGCUUGUCCUGUUGAAAUUGCACACAAUAUAACAAAUGCUGCUAGAAUCUUGGAAGGCUUACCUUUCGAAUCCGACCCAUCGGUUGAAGGUAGCUCGAUAUCAAUGGAAGAAUGGCGCGAAUCACUUCUUGGAAAAGCGUUACUGAACAAAAUCGCUGAAUCGGGGCCACCUUGGUUGAAAUAUGCUGCUCAAGUCCUUCGGAAAGCAUGCGACACUGUGGGGUCGGACUUCUUCCGCGUACAUCCGAAAGGUCAUGGCUCAAUUGUAUUGUGCCCGAAGUUGGAAGCAAACAAGCUGGUUACCUUCUACCGAGGAGAAGUUUACCCUUCUUGGAGAUGGGGAGAAAAAAUGGAUGCAAUUGCGACGAUACAGGAAAGGAAAGGAUUGAAACCAGUACUCCCUGAUUUCUUUAAUAUGGCCCUAGAGCGACCCAUGAAGGACCCAAGAGGAUACGGACUUUUGUUUUGCGAUGCGUCUAGGAAAUCUGGAUAUGGUUCGAUGCUCUCUCACAGUUGCCAGCCAUCAUGUGAAGUUAGAGUUGCUGCAGUCAAUGGGGAAUUGACGCUUGCAAUGACUACUCUGCGAGAAAUGAGUAUUGGAGAUGAAUUGACGUUCGACUACAAUGCGGUCACUGAAUCGUUGAACGAAUAUCGCUCAGCUGUGUGUCUCUGUGGUCAUGGCCGGUGUAGAGGAUCAUUCUUGCACUUCGCAACUGCAGACUGUUACCAACAAGUACUGAACCGAAACUCUCCGAUUGCUGUCAGACUGGCAAACCUAAUCAAGGGAUGUAUGAAGCAGGUUAUGUCAGACGACGAUCAAGAAGUUUUGAAGCGGCAUGGCUUUCAAACUGCAGCCUUUGGGGCUGUUAGUGUGAACCGCCGAAGCGCAAGAAGAAGUAUGGCAGAAGAUUUGCAGCUCGAUUCAAUGGAUUUUGUGCCAAUUUGGCUGCAGACGUACGUUGCUGAUACUCUUCGAUACAUUGAAUACGAGAGGAGAGCCCUUCCUAUCGCAUUGAUUUGUAACCAACUCUAUCCUGAAGACGAGGCAAAAAACGGGGAUUCUGCACGAUCCACAGAAGUUGUCCAAGCAAAUAGCGACGACGACGAUGAUAAGCCUAUCAAAGGAGCCAGACCCGAACCGGCGUUCUUCUUUUACUCCCGCACUCAAAAGUCGCACUUUGUGUCACUGUUGAUGAAGGACACCAAACACGAAAACUUGGCUGGGAUUGAGCUGAAGCGGGAAGUUCAGAGGCUCGCAUCAAGCCAUUGGAAAGAACUCAGUGCGGACGAGAAGGGCAGUUGGAAGAAGAAAGCGAGACAGCAGUGGGUGAAGAAUGGAGGGAUGGAAAAGGCAAAAUUAGAACAGGCACGCCUCGCAAGAUUGUCAAAAGGAAAGCCCAAGACAAAGGACAAAAAAGGCGGAAUCAAAGAGAAACCAAAAGCAGAAAAGGCAAAAGUUGACGGAAAGAAAGCACCGAAGAAUGAUGAACAAAAACCACCGCCAGCCAAGAUCACUUUUCAAGCAGCUGACGCAGAAGGAAUCAGUGCAAUGGAGCAAAGAAUACAACAACUGACACAAACACUAAGUCGAGUUGGCCGUGUCCUAGAUCGGCACCGAGAAUCUAUCAUUCGUCAAAAAAAUGACCAGCUAUUAUUUUCUGCAGACAACGAUUCUACGGCUAUAGCAAUUCGGCAGCUUGCCCAUUCUCCACUUUCCAUCAUGCCCGAUGAACACAUUGUUGCAUGGGUAUGGAAUCACGACGAUGGCGUUGUCAAGAUGCUGCUGAAGUGUAUCGCAGACGAGACCUGCGUGAGCCCGAAAUUGAGAAAGACUGUAAUGGAUACGGCGUCAAAGCACUCUUCGCUUGAGAAGUUUGGGUGUCCUUGGGUUCAAGAUUUCAAGCCUUCAGAAGAAGCGAUGAGUCCUCCAGAAGGAAGAAAGCGCCUCAAUUCAGCCCUGAUGGAACUCCGCUCGAAUAUACUUGAUGGCAUCGACGAAAUGGCAGCAGAGAUUAAGCGACACAAGGUAUCCAGUAAAAAGGAAGCUGCUCGGAAAAAGAAAGUUGAUGCUGAAAGAAAAGAAAUCAAGGCGGUGAUGAAUGACCUUAUCAAUGAAGUAGAGAUUCGUGUGGCGGGGAUGCCUGAAUCAAGUAGCCAGAUUCUCGACGAUGAUGUUGAAAUGAACGAAUCAGAAGAUACUUCAACAGAAGAAUGGAUGCUAAAUUUCAAUAAGCGCUUCAAGCUUGAAAAAGCUGCAGAUAUCCUUCUGAUGUAUUCACGGACGAGUACAUUUUUUGCAUUGAACGCUUAUCAACCGUUGCAAUCAAGCCCAGUUGAAGUCUACGCUCGUGAACUUGGAAACGCUGUUCCUACGUCCGCGAUUGAUAUUCCAAACCGACAUGGAUCUGACAAACAGGAUGUUGGUGCCACUGGAGUCUCAAAGAAUACAAAAUGCGGCUUGUGCGAACCAGAUGACAUCAUAGCCGAAGUUGCAGUAGAGUACCAAGGUGAUUAUGUCUUGUCGCAACUCCUCCAAUGGUACAAUGCUGGCAUUGACCAAAAGCCAGGGUUGCCCGACCUUCUUGGCUGCGUCAUGCUGCCAAGUUUGAAGGACAUUUGGAGCAUUGAUGGAACACAGGGGAGCAGUUCUCGCACAGAUCGAGCUACAGGCUACAAAUCAAUCAUUCGCCCUCGACUUGUCGAUUGGUUCAAGGAUCCGUUGAAACGCGGAAGUCCCUGGCCGGAUGACUUGCGUAGGGCUUUUGUUGAAAAGCCUCAUGACAAUCCAAUAUCGAAUGCGUCGAAUCUUUGGAAACCGAUCGGAUCACCAGUCCUUGACUUUCUGGUCACUGGCGACGAUGUCAAUAUCAACUCAAUUCUACAGAAUAUGGGUGGUCACAAUGCAAAUGAAGCUGUCAUGGAUUCAAGUGGUAUGUUAUCCAGUGUUGAUCACGGAAGGCCAGCCCUUGCUGUUUCGAAUUGGGUUCAGUGUGAAAACCCAGAUUGUUUGAAGUGGAGGAAACUGCCGUGGCAUGUUGAUAUCGAUACGCUUGCGGACAAAUUUUAUUGCAAAGACAACAUCUGGAAUCCCCAGUCUGCAUCUUGCGAAGCACCCGUAGACGUGUGGGACGAGCGCACUGAUGGAUUGGUUGAUGCUGACGGAAGUGCCCCUAUUGCAGUGCCUAUUGCAGCCCCAGAUGAGGAAGUUUCGGAAGAUUCUGCAUCGGAUGAAGAUAGCACCCAUGGUCUUGAAGCUGCUGAUUUUAAGGUCGGAGCUCGAUUCGAUGUGAUGAACACAGCCAAAUCAAAGUGGAUUGUGGGCGUGGUUGUCAAGAUCCAAGAUUAUAAGGGGCGAAUAGAAGUCAAAUUUCAUUUCUUGAACCACAGUGUUAAAUAUGACGAGUGGAUGCGAGUUCCUUCUUCAAAAGUUGCCCCUUUGUACUCCAAGACUCCAGAACCGCCGAAACGCAAGGAAAAGAAGAAGCAACACAACACCUCAUUUAACCAGACCGACAAUUUUGAUCUUGAUUCGUCUUUAGCUGAUGAAACAAACGAGUCAGUGGAGCACGAUGGUGGCACAGAAACGAUUGAAACCAACACUACGAGGUUUCGCCCAGCAACAGUUUCUGAUGAGAGCUCACCGAUUCAUUCACCAUCGAAGGAGAAUGAUGAUCAUGCUAAGCCAAAACAAGCGGAAUAUAAUGAAAUGGGAGAUUUUUCGAUAUAUUCAUCGGAAGAUGACGAAAAUGAGCCUGAAGCAUCCGAGGCAAAAAGAAGUGGCCCUAAGAAGCUACUCCCAAGAAAGAUGAAGGCACCAGCGGAGCCAGAAGAGAAACCUUCCUCAUCACCCAAGAAAGGAUUUAAAAAGCUAAUCCCAAAAAAGAAGACUCACCGAGACGAUUCCUUAGGUUCUCCACUGCAGUCAAUUGAUGAGGAUAUGAAGAGUAAAAAGAGGAAGAAAGAGAAGAAGAGUGCCAGUACUUUCAAACCGCUGAUUCCAAGGAAAAAAUCACAGGACAAAGAUAGCGUGCCAAAUCGAGGUUCACUUAUCCCGCGCAAAUCACCAGCAAAAAAGGAGCAAGGGCUCACUUCUCUCAUGAAAAGCGAAAACACAGGUUUGCAUCAUGCAACAGAUGGUCAGACGAAGAGUCCAAGCAAACCACAGCGAGUCAAUGAGAAAAGACAAGAUCCGAAGACGAUGGCUGAAACAAGCAGAAACGAUUGGAACCCGACCGUCCCCUCUAAAAAGAACCAUUCCGAGGUAGCUGGCGAACUGCAGUCAAGGGUACUGUCAUAUCAUGCCAACGAUGGUCGAGUAAAGAGUCCGAGCAAAUCACACCGAGCCCAAGAAAAAAGACAAGAUCAGAAGACGAUGGCUGAAACAAGCAGAAAGGAUUGGAGCCCGACCGUCCCCUCUAAAAAGCACCAUCCCGGGUUAGCUGGCGAAUUGCAGUCAAGGGUAUUGUCAUAUCAUGCCAACGAUAGUCGAGCAAAGAGUCCCAACAAAUCACAGCGAGCCCACGAAAAAAGACAAGACCCGAAAACCAUACCUGGUACAAGCAGAAAGGUCUGGGACCGGACCGUCGCCUCUGAACAUCAUUAUCCCGAGGAAGCUAGCGAGUUGCAGUCAUGGGCAUUCGAGCAGCCGCGACAUAAUAGUGCGCCAAUCUCCCACAGUCGCCGAUCUAUGGUAGACGAUGAAGCAGGAGUAAUCCACGAGGAUUCGUAUGGUUAUACUGAUGGCGGCCGGUCACAUCUCAUGCCCCCUAGUGAGGAUAAUCGUGGUUAUUUGGCCAAUGGACGAAGCUCCGUUAGUAGUCCUGAUGCUCGUCCUUCACGGGAUAUCCGCAGAAACAGUUCCUUCCGUGACGAUGGCAGAAGUGUCAGAUCAAGAUCAAGAUCGAGGAACAGCCGAGACCGUGAGUAUCUUCGGGAUUACGAUCGACAGGCGCCAAGGGAACGUAGCCGACGAUAUGACGACUACCAGCGUGCACCUGACACUGUCAGUUACAGUAGAGAUGUUGACCGAGUGCGGUCUGGAGACUACGACAGAGACAGAGAUAGAGACUACGGUAGGAGCCCUAGUCGGAGGUAUGAUCGAGACCCAAGUCGACCAUAUGAUGAAAGCUACAGUAGGGACCAUGAUAGUGAAUGCAAGUACUCGAGAGACCGAGAUUACUAUCGCACUGAUAGAGACUACAGGGGGCGUGCUGAUCAAGACUAUGUUCGUGACGAAGGGAGAGACUAUGCUGGACGUCGAUACGAGCGUGACUACGAUCGAUAUGACGACAGAGGCCAUAGGCCGCGAUAUGAUCAAGAGUUUGUUCGUGAUGAUGACAGGGAGUAUAGGCGGCAGUACGACCGACCCCGAGACAGUGAAGUGCGGAAAUCUAGCGAGCGCCAGAGUGAUAGAGAGUACGAUCGUCGCUACAGUAGAUCCCGUGAUAGAGAGUAUGGCCGUGGCUCCAGCAAAUCCCGUGAUAGAGAGCACGGUCGUGGCUCCAGCAAAUCUCGUGAUAGAGAGCACUCACGUUCAUAUCGAGAAGCAGGCUACAUUGACGACUAUGAAAGGCAGCGGUCGUCGAGGAGCACAGCUGCGCGAAUUGAUUCCCCUAGCAAACGACGUUAG